GUGAUCAUCAUAAAUUGAUUUCCGUUCAAUAAGACGUAAAAUGGCAGCAAAGGCAUACGAAUCCCACAAUAGAAGUGUUAUUAGCAAAGCAAAAGAAGGGGACUUACUGGAAAUUAACCGAGGAUGUAAUUCGCAUUGGGCCGUUUACAUAGGGAAAGAUGAGGUGGUACAUCUAGUCGGUAGCAAAAAGGAUGGCGUUGCCAACCAACCAGAUUCGGUGUUCACAAUCUGUGGCGAAACUUUCAACAAGGCCUCGGUCAAAAAAGAGAGUGUAUGGAACGUAGUUCAAGAUUCUAAGGUGGACAUUAACAACACCAAAGACCGUGUCUGCAGGCCACAAGAACCACAGAAAAUCGUUGAGGUUGCUAAAAAGAAAGUUGGGAAAAUUGAAUAUGAUGCUCUGUGGCAAAACUGCGAGCAGUUCGCCGCCUUCUGCAGAUAUGACGAAGUGUGGUCCAAAAAGGCUAACACUUUUCUUGGAAUGCUUUUGAUCUUCAUUCUGAUAACGAUCGCAGCCUUGUUUUACAAUACGAAGAACAAGAUAGUUUUUUACACAGAGAAGAUGAUGGCAUUCUUCAACAACAGCUUAGGGAAGAAAAAGGAAAACAAAGAGUCCUAAACGAACUUUUCAAAUGUGCAUAAAGUAAACAUUAACUUGUAGAGGCACGAUAGUUUCACUAUUUUAUUAGUUGUUAUAUCAUGAUGAAUUUGUUGAAUUUUAAUGUGUAAUAAUCAAAUUAAAAGAAACCUUUUGUAAUGUAAUAAUAGUUACCAAUGAGUGCAAUAUUCUGUUGUAAUUAUUAACUUUAAGAAAGUUUUGAAAAUAAAAUAUUUUUAUC